ACGCUGUACGCUGAGCUCGCUGGUAAGCAUCACAGCCAUCAUUCAGCGCCGAUCACACGUACACUACACACGCGCGCGUUGUUGUGGACACACGCAAUUCUAAGAGUUACGUGUCGGAACCACAAGAAGAUAGGCAGUGGAGAUAAGUGCCACGCUCACAGAUAUCCACGCACACAUAUAUGCAUACAUGUAUGUGUGUGCAUAGAAUUAGACGGAGGAGAAGAAGGCGAAGAAGCACGCGGAUACGCGGGAAGAGAAGACACGCUCAUAGUUGCGACGUGGAGAGGAUCUCACGAACAGGAAUCCUACUACACCAUCAUACAGGGAUCAAGUCCUGAACAAGUUCUUCUCAUCUACAGAAGAUACUCCUUAGCAGUGCAGUGAAGCGAGAAGGAAGUUGAAGCCGUACGGCGCGGAUCCACGAGGCAUCCGUCACCGCCACACGCCGCGAUGCCGUCACUCAACUGCGCCUCGAUCGAAUCGAACGUGUUUCUCUCGAAUGCGAAGCGGAUCAGCUCGGCGGGACUACCGACGACGGGCAAGGACCUGCGCUGCGUCGACGUCGACGCCGAGUACAAGGUGAUGCGUCUGCUCGGCGAGGGAACGUACGGCAAGGUGCACUUAGCGCAGCACCGCACGACGUCCACCGUCGUCGCGCUCAAACACAUGCACAAGGACGAGACAAAGCUGAAGGACUUUCAGCGCGAGUUCGAGCUGAGCUACUACAUGUCGCCGCACCGCAACAUCGUCAUCACGUUCGACGUCGCCUUCGAGACGAAGCACUCGUACUGUUUCGUGCAGGAGUACGCGCCGUGCGGCGACCUCUUCGAGGCGAUCCCGCCGCAGCAGGGCCUACCCGAGGACACCGUCAAGGACGUCAUGAUGCAGCUCGUGUCGGCGAUCGAGUUCAUGCACAGCAAGGACAUCGUGCAUCGCGACAUCAAGCCGGAGAACGUACUCGUAUACGACGAGGCGCUCAAACUCGUCAAGCUCACUGACUUCGGGCUGGCGCGCAAGGGCGGCACGCUCGUCAAGAAGAAGAACAGCAGCAUUCCGUACACGCCGCCGGAGAUCUGCGACGCCGUCUAUAACGAGGGCUACACGUCGGACACGAGCACCGACGUCUGGUCGUUCGGCGUGACGCUCUACUGCUGCAUGACGGGCAACUUCCCCUGGGAGAAAGCCGACAUCGACGACGCCUACUACAACGAGUUCCUCGGCUGGCAGAAGCGCAAGACCGUCAAGAUCCCGUCGCAGUGGCGCAAGUUCUCGCCGCGACUCAUGCGCCUCUUCCGGCGAUUCCUAGAGGUGAAGCCCGAGCGGCGGUGCCGCAUCGAGGAGAUACACAAGUACGCCGACAACAAGUGGGUACGUCGGCGGACGGCGUCGCGCUACGCGACGUCGGAGAUCAACGGCGACCGGUCGGACAGCGGAGAGCCGAAUCUCACCAAGCUGAACAUGAUGUUCAAGGCCGCAGGCGCCUCCGCCGGCGAGGGACUAGAGGAGAAGGAAUUCCGCGAGCAGAGACUGCGGGAGUGGAUCCUGUCACUGCCGGAGGGGGAGACGUCCGGGUCGGCGCACGGCAAUACACUCUCUGUUCCGUCAUGAGGUUGUACCCCUUCAUCCCAACCCCAACCCGACACAUAGACUGGCUGUGCCGUCAUAUGGUUGUAACCCCCCGCCCGAGUUCGUCCGCUCGGUCAGAGGUCAAAGUGUGGCGCCGAGUCGCAUCACACAAACACUGACACUCUGUCGCUCGUUAGCGUCUGGCAGAACUACAGCGGUAGCUACUCGCGGCAGUAGCGUCGUUUUAGGUUUCACGUAGAGACCGGGAUAGAGAGGUUGAGUCAGUCAGUCACUGGCUCAACGAGACUACGAUACGAGACUUCCAGCGUUUCAGAUGGAGAGACUCGGGGACAACAGCCAUGAGCCUCGGACAGAUGAUGGCGCAUCCUCUAUGACGACCGGCCCGCUAGCGGCAGCUGAUGCCCGUGACGUCACCGGGCGCUGCUCCCCGCGGGAGCGACAUCUGGCGACGCGCCGCGUGUGUGGAUCGUGUCACAUUCGUGUUGUCCCGUGUCCGCGCCAUCGUUGUUAAACAUUUUAUUUUUUCUCGUCGGUCGUAAAAAAAACCGCUUCAUGUCGAUAUACCAGUAGAUGCAUCUACCGCCAUAUGUGUGCUAACGCCCGGGAUUGAGAACGUACGGUGGUGUAGGGUUGAGUUCGAGGUAGGCACAGUACGCGGCUCUUAGCGAUGCCAGAUGGUUUACAUUUGGCUUCUAAUCCCCCUCCUCUUCUCCCCGCCUGGCACACGCGCCGUGACCCCCGCGCUACAGGCUCCAGGAAGUCUUGGUAAACCUCAGGAAAAUCGUGUAUUAUUUCGUAACGACAGUGUGAGGCUGCAUGCACCCGGCUUACCCGUUCCUCGCCCGCAAACCUUUACGAUUCGAGUAAAUGUUAUUAAGAGCGAGAUUUCCACAAAUGAAAUGCUUCUCUCACGCUCUCGCUCUCUCUCUCGUUCUCUUUAUCUCUUUUUUUCUGUCUUUCCAUUUUUCUCUUUCUCUCCCUCUGUCUCUCGUUCUUUCUCCCGCCCUCCUAGUCUGGCCAGUGAACGCGCGUGUAUAACGCGGUACAUCGGUAACACAUCGGCGGCUUGUUUCUAGCAUCGUAAAUGUUGCGUCGUAUAUAUAGAUACACGUGGAAUAUUGCAGCCUCUCUACGACCGACCGACGGCUGCUAUUUAGAGCUGUUUUAAUUGCAGCGUCCCGCCGCUGCCAGACGUCCGUAAAUUGUGGCUAUUUCUUACGGCGAUUGGCGAUCAACAGAAGGCGAUAAAUGGACACCAGAAAGCCGUCAGUCUAACGCUGCCUCCCGCUGCUGUAUAUCGCCGUCGGUAUAAAGCCGCCCCGUAUCCCGUGUCAACGCUACAACUCCCGUGCAAAUAUAGGAUGGCUUCGUGCAGAGAGCGAGGCGUCUCUUCCACAGCCGCUCUCUCUCUCUCUCUCUCUCUCUCUCGCUCUUCCUCUUUCGCUGCGCCCUCAGUCUUCACUGUUUCUUUCAUAGCUCUAAGAGCUACGUCGUUUUGUUCAAGUGUGUGCUUACUGUUAGGGCUUCUUUUUUUCACACGGCAGUUUUACUCGAAGAUGCCUUACAGGGUCGUUGACCCGCUUAUACGAUACGGGGACACGUGUGUGUGUGUGUGUGUGUGUGUGUGUGUGUGUGUGUGUGUGUGUGUGUGUGUGGUGGGACGGGGCAUAGAAGCAUAGUCGUAGACACAGCAUCUUGUUAUGACGACCAAUUCAUACGUUUUUUGCACGUUUACGCCAAUAAACCUAAGUUAUAUUUCCGAGUAGUGCAGAGACAGAGUGAAAUAGACAGCAAAGUAGAUCGAGAGAGAGAGGUAGAGGCCGGGUAUAUAUAUAAGAUGAAGCAAAGGAGAGAGAACGUGCGAGAAACUGAGAUAGAAAGAAUCGACAGAGAGGAGAAGAGAGAAGAGAAAAGAAAGAAGACGAGCAGGAGCGGAGCGGGGGGAAGAGAC